UUUUUUGACCACAGUUUUUGACAUCGAAUCCUGUGAUCGAAUCGAAGAGCUAGUUUUAAAAUUAUUUUUUCGUUGUUUUGCUCAGUUUUGCUGUACAUAUUCACCAUUGCUACGAAAUGUCUUGAAAAACUAUUGUGGAUUUUAAUAACAUUGCAGUUUAAGUAAAGUUUUAACACAUAAAGCUUAAAUAGCUUUAGAAAUACCCUAAAACUCUUCCACUAAGAUGGCUGUUUAUUUAACUAAAUCUAUGAUGUCUCGAUUGAAUAGAGUCACAUAUCCAAGUACAAGCCCUAAUGAAGAUGAUGAAAGUUGUACUAACAGUGAACAUUGGCAAAGGCUCAUGAUAGACGCCAAAGUUGGCUUGAAAUUGUCAAAAGAGAAGAUCUGCAGGAUCUGUGCAAAAGUUGGUUGUACACCUUUGAGCAAUAAAAUUAAUGAAUAUGAUAUCAUGGGAGCUAUAAGAAGCAUUACAAAUGUCACUAUAAAUGCAGAUGAUUCUUUACCAAAAUACAUAUGUCUUGAAUGUUUAGAGUCAUUAAUGGUAGCCAUGAAGUUUAAAAAGACUUGUGAAAUAUCUGAUAAAAAGUUUAGAAAAAUAUUGAAUCCCAUGGGAGAUCCAUCAGUUCACUCAUACCCAUAUUCAAAACAUGAUUUUCAACUGUUACUACAUCAGAUGAAACUGAAGAGAAUGGAGACAGAACAGAAAGAACAAGAGGAAAGGAGGAAGAGAGAAAGACUGUUGCAAAAGAAAGACCCCAAGAACAAAGAAUUUAAGUGUUCACCCUGUGAUAUGGAAUUCCCUAGUAAGGAAGAGCUGGCGGCGCACCGGCGCGAGCGGCAGUGCGCGCGGCGCGCGUGCGACGUGUGCGGGCAGCUGGUGCGCAGCAUCGCGCAGCACAUGCGCCACAACCACGCCGUGGCGCACAAGUGCCCCGUCUGCGCCAAGGAGUUCCCCAUGCUCGCGCGGCUGAAGAACCACAUGCUUGUGCACACAAACACAUUCAACUUCUUCUGCGACCUGUGCCCAUACAAAUGCAAGCACAAGUACUACCUCGUGAUGCACAUGCGCACGCACACGGGCGAGAAGCCGUACAAGUGCGCGCAGUGCCCAGCCACCUUCGUGAACGCCUCCAACCUCAACAAGCACAAGCUGACGCACCAGGAGAAACAGUUCAAGUGUAUGCUGUGCGAAAAGGCGUUCCGCACCGGCACGGCGCUGUGGGAGCACCACGACGCGAAACACAUGAACAUCAAGCACACAUGCACAUAUUGCGGGCGGGACUUCUGUUACAAAUCGGAUCUAAGGAAGCACGAGAUCCGUAGUCACAAUCGGCUCAAACGCGACUACAUAGGCGGAGAACCCACUUACAAACAAGUAGAACGACUGCAGAGGAUACAAGACGACAACGAUGCGAUGGAGAAAUGGCGACAGCAGCAGAUUGUGGUGACGCAACCGCAGCAGACCUACAUAGAGCACACCAAAGAGUUCAUACAGACGUCGCAUCCGAUGUACGUCACGGAUGUGACGGGGAUCAUCCAACAGCCGAUUCUUGCCCAGCCACAAACAGUGCAGCUAACUUUACCUGAUUUGGGGAUGAAAGACGAGGUGAAAAUUUAUGAAGCUCAGCAAGGUAUGGCGUAUUUUUAAUGUAUUUAUCAAGAAGACUCAAUGUAUAGCGAUUCUGAUGGUGUUCUCUAAAUUAAAAAGUUUUAACGACCCAUAAGAGUAAACAAAUAUAUUACACUAUAGUAAAGGAAUACAUGUAUGAUGUAAUAUAAUAUUACAUCUAAGUGUGAACUGUGAAGUUGCCUUCAAACUACGAAAAUGUAAUAUAAUAUAUAAAUAUCGCUCACCCUACUUUUAAAUGUCACGUUCACACCUAGAUGUAAUAUAAUAUUACAUCUAAGUGUAAACGGCACACACACACACACACAUUCAAAAGUAGGGUGAGCGAUAUUUAUAUAUUAUAUUCCGUAGUUUGAAAUCAACUUAAAAGUUUAGAACGGUGCCAUUCGAAUCGGUGCCAACUGCCAAUAAUAACCAUUGUAUAGACUCAUUAGAUAUUUUAUAUUCAGCCUAGAUUAUCCUGCGGUUGCGUCCGCGUUAAAAUAUUGUUAUUGAAUAAAUGUAAUUCUUUAGGCC